AUGACACGACCAGCAGCAGCAGCAAGGAAAAAUCACCAAGGUAGUCGUCAUGAAAACGGUCAGGUCUCUUCUAGUAGGAAAGUCUCCAAACAGAAGUCGAAUGGCCAUUUAAAUGGAACUUUGAACGGUCACAAACCCCCUCCCGUACCCGACCUCCCUCCCCUCAACGCCUCCGGAUCCGAGCGACCCUCGACAACGCCGUCGCCGGGCAGUAUUAAGUCGGAUGAUGCUGUGGAAGGGACAAAUAUGGUGCUGAAUGGGCAAAUAUUGGCUAGGGGGGAUGGGAGCAGUGGUGGUGUGGCGCCCAAUGGCCAUGUGCAUCAGCCCAGUUCUGCAAACGGGGUGGCUUCAGGAAUAAGAGGUGGGGAUUGUGUCAAUCGCCGGCCGGAGAAAUUGAUGGGCCCAAUGCCAGGUGUUAAGAAGGCAUAUGCUAGCAAAUCCGUGAAUCCAUUUCAUCUUGCUUCCACGAUCCUCAAAGCUUGCCCCAUGGCCGACACCAUUGCGAUCCUUAUAUUUCUACUGCAGCUCCCACCUAUCAUGCUUACUCUCGUUCAGUUUCUCUAUGCCUCAAUGACAUUUAUGCUUCCAGCGGGCGUCUCCAGCGGUACACUUACAUCGAACUUCGACAUCUUUCAGGGGCCUGCGGGUACUCCCUCCCUCUCGACCAUGAUCGCUAUGGAUGCAUUUUGUCUACUGGUCUGGAGUCUAUUUAUGUGGAAUUGGGCUCGAAACUUCGCUAUUGACCUUGCACACAUUCAGGUAGCCAUAGCUUUAGGUGCCGGAAGUUCAGGAGAUACAAGUGGCGUUAACGCGUUCUGUGUUUCUGUUCUUUUGGCUGUGCAUUUGCUUCGAAGUGAAGGGAUACAAGAUUUUGUAUUUGGACAUCUACUUUCCGCGAAUAUUGUUUCGAGUGACAUCUUGGAGAAAUAUUCGAUUUUGAUUCCCACUGAACUCAAAAGAAUACAGAGCCCUUCCUCUCCAGGCUGGGUGCGAAGUCUUCUUGCUGUGCACAUUCUGGCACAAGCUGGGACAGCAAUGGCUAGGCGGUCUAUGGCGAAAAAUCGAUCCCCGCCACGAACCAAAACAGGGAAACGACAUGAUACAGAAGCAUCUGCCGGCGCACAAUUUGACUCUUCGACUCUUGAACCUGGGGCAUCUCCCUCACCACUGACCAACUCAGAGGCUCUUCCUUUACCUGGUUCCGUAACGAAUGAAGGCAGGGAUCGUGUUUCCAGUGCGAAGAAAAGAAGACGACAGGCGAAUGAGGCGAGGCGAUUACAACCAUUCUGGGCUGCAUUAGCAAGCACAAAACUUACUGUCACUCGUGAGUAUGACCGUUCGAGGCAUGGAAACUGGUACUCUCCCGACUUUCCAGUCGCCGAAGAUGAUCUUGAAAGAACACCUCCAGGCAACGGCCUGAUCUGGAUUACCCAUAUUGAUAGCAGUUCGAUCAAAUUUGCGGCUAGCGAUCUAGCAACAGAUGAAGACCCUAUGUUGAGUGGGGCGUAUGACUGUGGAGCCUCUGAUACUGACCCGGAUCCUUUCUAUGUUUGUGUUAAUGGGGCUCACUGGGCCCCUGUUAGCCUGACUAGGAUUCCUGAGAAUUCUGAUGAACCUUCUUUAGUUCAUUGGAGAGGAGAAAUUGCUGGAUUGGCACCUGACUGCGCUUACGCCUGUAGUUUCGUGCGCUACGAUAAUGACGAGGAGAUUGGCUUUGUGAGCAUGAAAACACCUCCGGCUUCGGAUACAGAUCAAGGUAAGAACUUUGUGUUUACCUUGAUUCCUGGCAAAACUAACAUGUACGCAGCAUCCAUUGCCCCUCCUAUACCGUCAUCUCCAAGCCAGUCUUUGCGGCCAUCUUCUCCAACUACGACUCUGAAAAACUCAAUUGUCAAUGCGGAAGCCAAGUUAAACGAGCGCCGGGCCAAGCUGAAAAGAGCUAGAAAUGACCACAAAAUUCAACUUUCUAAAAUCAAAAAAGAGCUCGACAAUUUCACCCAUCGCCUGAACAGUGGUGGCGAUGACAGCAGGCAAAAGCAACGGUCUCUUCAGUUGGAACGAAAUAUCCGACAAACGGAAGAGGCAACCGCCGCUUUUGAACUUCAGUUAGAAACUCUCGGGAGUAUACCAGAAGAAGAAAUGCAAGAAUGGGAUUCUCACAAAGCCAUCUAUCAGCAAGAAACUGACCAAUUGAAGUCUCUGAAAAGUGAAUUGGACGAUGUCAAAUCUGCCACAGAUCGUGAAGCGUCAUCGGCUGAAAACGAGUUGACAACUAUUGUACAGAAAAGAGAGCGCCUUCAGAAUCGCUGUAACAGACUUUCUGAGCAAUAUGAACGUAUCACGAAUGCUAAUAGUCAAGGGCUGAACGAGCGGGAACGACGUGCUGCCGAGCAAAUUGCUAAAGAACAAGAGCAUGCAAGGAUAGAGGAAAACUUCCAAGAGCAACUGACAAGUCUCACUGCUUCCCUAGAAGAAUACCAACUCCGUACCACACGGUUAUGGCAGCAAGCUAUGGCAAUCGAACAAGUCUACCAGCAGCAACAACUUUACAUCAACUCAGGCCCAUUGACACCCGAAGGCGAUCUCCCAGGAACGAAGACGCAGCCAGUAGAUACGACUUCUUUCAAUGGCCCGGUGUGCCCCAGUGUCCCAAACAUCACCACGGCUUUUCCGAUGUAUAACGCAAAUGAAAAACCCAGCUUGGCCCAUCGGAGUUCAAUGUCUCCAGUUAUGGGAACCUCGCUCCAUGCAGGAUACACAGAGCCACAACUCUGCCCGUCUUCCCCCUUCGCCAGCAAGCGCUCAAUGUUCACCCCAGAACAAAGUAGCCAUCGUGGCCGUUCCAUGUCAAAUUUUUCUAGCCGUAGUACGCAGGUGGAAUACAGCACUCCCCCACUCUUUGGGGACAUUGCAGAAGCAGAAGUUCGCCGGAAUCCUACCUUCAUCCCGAACCCACUGAACCAUAGCUUAGCUCAAUUCAAGCGGACUGAUAGCCGAAGUAGUGGUAGUGGGAGUGGAAGCGGAAGCGGCGAUGGUAGUCCCCAUUCUAGCCGUCUGAAAUCUGCUUGGCCAAGUUGA